GCGCUUCCUUUUUUUUCUCCUCUCCAUUUCUUUAAGAGAAGAGUGUACGCGCGUGAGCGAGCGAUGGGUGGGGCUUACCCCCUCGUGAGCCUCAGGCAGAACCGUGCGCGUGCGCGGGUUUCCUCUUUCCCUCCCUCCUAGCCGCCUCAGUCACUCUCCUCGGUCAGUCAGUUAGUCAGUGCGCGAGAGUUGUGUGUGUUGCUCGUUGGCGGCGGUGGCGCCGCCGGACGGGGCUGGCUGGCUGGCUGGCUGCCUGCCUUUGCCGAUCGCUCAGUGUUGGAUGGAGGGUCCCGUCCGCCUCGCCUGUUCUCUCUGGAAUGUACUGGGGAGCGGCUACCGAGCUCUAUGGGCGCAAGCAGCGCCGCUGCUGAGAGGUGAGAAGGGAAGGCGAGGAGCCGUGUGCGUUGGCUCUGGCUCCUCAGUGAUUCAUAUUACUCUGAAGCUGUUUGCCAUUAACCUUUCUAACCUGGCACUAUGCAUCCUGAUCCUGGACUUUUACAAGAACUACUUUUUCUUAUAGUUACCAUUUUCUUCUCAGCGACAGCUUCAGACUUGAUUCCUCGCUUUGUUUCUGAACCCCUGUCUACUAUCCAGAAACCUGGUGCAACUGUAAUGCUUCAUUGUUCUGCGGAGCCCUCUACAGCUCAUGUAUCUUGGCUAUUCAAUGGAGAGAAAUUACGCAAGAAAGUGGAGCCAGUAGACCUACAGCCAGGAUACCUGACAAUCUUCUCCCUUAGUCCUUCAAAUUCUGGCACAUACCAAUGCAUAGCCAAUAACAGCAUUGGUGCAAUUAUUAGCAGGCCUGCAACAGUAUCUAUUGCCUAUCUUGAUGAUUUUGAGACCUCUGUGAGAAACACAAUUCUAGUGGAAGAAGGAAAUACUGCUUUAAUCAGUUGCAAGCUACCCAAAAGUAGUCCACAGGCACUUGUUCGUUUUCGUAUACGGGGAAAAUGGCUGGAACAAUCAACAGAAAACUACUUAAUUCUUCCAUCUGGAAAUCUGCACAUUUUGAAUGUAUCUUUAUAUGACAAGGGGUUCUAUAGGUGUGCAGCAUAUAACCCAGUCACUGAUGAUUUUAAACUUGAACCCACUGGACAUAAGCUCGUAAUCAGCAGCUCUUCCUCAGAGGAUUUUCACAUUGUUCACCCCACCAGUUCUCAGAUUUUGGCAGUACCUCGGCACAGCCCUUUGAUGUUGGAAUGUGUUGUUAGUGGGCUGUCCGUUACUUAUGUCCAUUGGUAUAAGGAUGGCCAAGAUGUACUCACUAGAGGCAGGUGGAGAAUGUUUCACUCGCAUCUUAUAAUAGACUCGAUUAAUACAUCAGAUGGUGGAAAUUACUCCUGUGUGGUGGAUAACAAGUCCGGAGUUGUGAAACAUGUAAACUACAGUGUAAAUGUACUAGAAUCUGCUUCAGUUUCAAAAGGACUGCAAGAUCAGAUAGUGUCUCUGGGUAAAAAUGUGCAUCUAUCUUGUGAAAUACAUGGAAACCCGACACCUAACCUCAGUUGGUACCAUAAUGCAGCUCCUGUCCAUCUUUCUUCACGGUGUUUACCUUCAGGAAACAAGCUGAGAAUUAAUGGUUUCACCAGAGAAGAUAUAGGGUUGUAUCAGUGUUUAGUGAACAAUGGUAUUGGAUUUGUACAGUCUACUGGGAGACUUCAUGCCCAAGGAGACAGAGGCUCCAAGCCAAUUAUAACCUCACCGCCAGCAAACACCAAAGUGACAGAUGGUGACACAGUCACAUUGUCCUGCAACGCCACUGGGUUUCCUGCUCCUGUAAUCCGAUGGUACAAUAGCCAUGGGCUGAUUACUAGCCAUCCUUCGCAGGUACUUUAUUCAAAAUCACGGAAGUCAUCCUCCCAAGCAAGAACAGGCAACUCCAUUUCAGACAGAACUUACUUCAUCAUGUCUCGCAAUGGAUCAAGCUCCCUAUAUGUUCAGCCUAUUACAUCAGAACAUGCUGGGAAAUAUACCUGUGAAGCAACCAAUCAAUAUGGGAUUGCUCGUUCAGAAGCUUUCCUUACAGUUGAUUCCUAUGAAGCUAGCACAAAAGCAGAAGAAAUUGCUCCUGUGGAAGUUGCCCAGAGUGAUGAAGGCAAUGGAGAUUCUGAUUCUGAUACGAGUCUCCAAAGUUCAUCUCCAGCAGAAAUUCUUACUGAUGAAGUUGCUACAGAAAAAGCAUCAAAUGGUAUUUCUCCACCAGAAGCUCCAAUCAUUCUCAGUCCUCCUCAAACUCUUAAACCAGACCAGUACAAUCUGGUAUGGCGCCCAGGAAAAGAUGGUGGCCAACCAGUUAAUGCCUAUUUUGUGAAAUAUCGCAAGUUGGAUGAUAAUGUCAAUGUUACCAAAUGGAAUACAAUUCGUGUCCCUGGAAGUGAAAAUGAACUUUCUCUGUCAGAACUGGAGCCCUCCAGUCUUUAUGAAGUUUUGAUGGUAGCCAGAAAUAUGGCCGGUGAAGGUCAGCCUUCCAUGCUUACUUUCCGUACCAGCAAAGAAAGAUCAUCCUCCACAAAAAAUACGCAGGCUCCCUCUCAACCAGUUGGUAUUCCAAAGCACUCUGUCAUUCAAGAAGGGGCAACCAACAAUUUUGGAGUGGUCCUUCCAGAUUCAUCUCGACAUAGUGGAGUACCUGAGGCACCAGAUCGACCUACUAUUUCCACAGCAUCAGAGACUUCUGUUUAUGUCACUUGGAUCCCACGUGCAAAUGGUGGAUCACCCAUCACUGCUUUUAAAGUAGAAUACAAACGCAUGAACAGGAACAAUGAGUGGCUGGUUGCAGCUGAUAACAUCUCCCCUUCUAAACUUUCAGUGGAAGUUGGCAAUUUGGAUCCAGGAGCUGCAUAUAAAUUUCGUGUGAUUGCUAUUAACAAUUAUGGGGAGAGCCCACGAAGUUCUGCUUCUCGGCCUUAUCAAGUGGCUGGCUUUACCAACCGGUUUUCCAACCCUCCCAUCGCAGGACCUCACAUUGCUUACACUGAGGCAGUCAGCGAUACUCAGAUUAUGUUAAAGUGGACUUAUAUCGCUUCGAGUAACAACAACACGCCCAUCCAAGGAUUUUAUAUCUAUUACCGGCCAACGGAUAGUGACAAUGAUAGUGAUUACAAGAGGGAUGUUGUGGAAGGCAUAAAGCAAUGGCAUUUGAUAAGCCACCUGCAGCCUGAAACAUCAUAUGAUAUUAAAAUGCAGUGCUAUAAUGAAGGUGGUGAAAGUGACUACAGCAAUGUGAUGAUCUGUGAGACCAAAGUGAAACGCACUCCUGGGGCAUCAGAAUAUCCAGUGAAGGACCUUAGUACACCACCAAAUUCUCCUGACCGUGGAGUUGGGAGCCAUGCUGUUCAACCAAAUGGUCCUGUCCGGAGUAGUGAUAUGUUAUAUAUGAUUGUGGGCUGUGUCCUUGGAGUAAUGGUCCUUAUUCUGAUAGCCUUCAUUGCCAUGUGCUUGUGGAAGAAUCGCCAGCAAAAUGCCAUGCAGAAGUAUGACCCUCCUGGCUACCUCUACCAGCGUGCUGAAAUCAAUGGGCAAAUGGUUGAAUACACUACAUUACCAGGCACAAGUCGUAUCAAUGGGAGUAUACAUGGAAACUUUAUCAGUAAUGGAAACCAUAAUAAUGGUUGCCUUCAUCUCCAUCACAAGGUUCCCAAUGGAACGAAUGGAAUCAUGAAUGGUGUUGUGAAUGGAGCAACUGGUGUUUAUCCAGGGCACACUAACUCCCUGUCCAGAGCACACAUGGAAUAUGAACACACCCAUCACCUAGGAAAUGGUGGUGGAGUAUACACAGCAGUGCCUCAGGUGGACCCUUCAGAAUGUGCAAACUGCCGGAACUGUCGGAACAAUAACAGGUGUUUCACUAAAACCAGUGGCACUUUUGGCACCAACACUGUACCUGUGAUGCCCAUUGUAGCACCUUAUCAGCAGGACAGCUUAGAAAUGAAACCAUUGAAUCAUGUGAUGGUUGCUAUGUGCUUAGCAUCCACAGUCCCUGGAUGCAACAUAGAGACAGAAGAAAAUGGCAAGGAGAAAGUGGAGUCCCCAUCUCCUCGGGACUCUUGUUGUCAAGAAAAUGUGAAUCCGCUCAGCACAGAUUGUAUGGAAGAUAACAGUGAGCAUUUGGAAACAUCCAAUCACAUGUUGAGCUGGAGUCCCCUUAUUCUUCAGCCUCUUUCAAAAGACUGUAAUGAAAAGACAGAACGGAUUUCAAAUGGUGUUACAUUGGACAGUUUGGGGGGUCUUCGACAGCUCCAAAUACAAGAGACUUAAGGAAGGGACCUCCCUCUCUUCCCCAAUUUAAAGCCAGUAACUGCACAGCAGAGUCGCUGAAAGGGACUGACAACAGGAUGUUAAUUAUAAAAUCGCUAUUUAUUUUUGGUGUAGUGUCCUAUGAAUGUAUGUUUUAAAAGCCUUUUGCCUUUAUAUUUUAUUUAUGUCUUGAGAAAUUUCUUCCCAUCCCUUCCAGCAUGAAGCCAUUGUGACUAUCUGAAGGUAUCUUGUAAUGUUGGGAAACAUUAGAAUGUCUUCCAUGGACAUUGGGGAAAGUAGUAUUGCAGUUUAGUAUAAACAGUUAGCAAACACGCUUAUUGGAAUGGUUCAGAUCCAAGUUGGCCUGAAGCUCAUAAUUUACAUUUGAGGACAUAAUGCCAGAGGAAGGUCUAGUGCAAAUGGAAGCAGAACAAAUUGAACUAUUGGCUAUGAAAUUUCAAAUAGUUUUAACUGUUACAAUAUAUCAGUGAAAUAGUCAUCACCUAAUUCUAACAACCUGAAAAUGAAACCAUUGAACUUGCAAUGGAAGCGUAUCAAUCUGUGCUUAUGCUGAAUGCCAAAUGGUUCUCAGUCGGUGCUAGUGAAAACUUUUUGACAAAUGGCAGGCCUGCAGUGAGGCUCAUUAAGGUGUAUGUAGUAGUUGAAGUGUGAAGCUCUUGCCAUGCUAGUUCCAGAUAGCAAGAGAUACAAAAUGGACAAUGUAAUCAUACUGAACUAACUGUUGUCGGCCAAAUUAUAUAUAGCCCUUACUGCUGGGUGGAAGAACUGAGUUUUUUACACCAAUGUCACUUGUUUUUCAUUCCAAAACAUUUUGAUUUGUCUCCUGACUUUCCCAUGAUGUAUCCUGUGCAUCAAGGGAAAUGCAUGGGACAAUCUUGUUCCUCGGGUUGCUUUAACUUUUUUAAAAGACUCAAUAGAAUGCUGUGUUUUUUAAAAAAAAUGAUGGGGAGGAGAAUUUGAUGUGUCUGAUGUAGGAAAGCAGCCAAAAUUGUGCUGGAUUGGAAAUGGCUCCUCUUAUCCCACUCAUAGGAAAUAAGAUAUCUGUUUCAGGGGUUUGCUUUAAAGGUAAAUAAGUUCAUACAUACGGUCAACUUUAAACAAACAAAAGAACACGCUUAUAGAGGGAAACAGGAGCGUUACCAAAAUGGAGGAGGUUGAGAGUAUUUCUGCAGACUAAACCCAAGAAAGUUAAUGCCUUUGUAACUCCUCAUUUUCACAACAUGGAGAAGUAUUCAGAGACAGGUUUGAGACGUGCAGAGUGCACCAGAUAUUGGUACUGUAUCUGUGUUCAGCAAUGCUUUCUAUGAAACGGGUGGUACGGACUCAUCCUACAUGUGUAAAGCAAAAGCUUGCGCACUUUGCCAGAAGUUGGUCCAGAAAAGGGUUCAGCUUGCCUGCUUUAUAAAUACACUGGAGUAUGAGUACUAUACAAUCGAGUUUAGAUUUUAAGUCCUCUAAUGAAAUGUGUUAUCACAGCAUUUUGUUCAAUUGGCAUACCAGGUUCAGGCUCAAGCCAUUUGCCUUAGGCCUUCCCAAAGAUAAUUAUGAUUAUACUGUAUUUUAAUACCUUCAUGGAACUUGGUGAGCGUAAAAGCAGGGCAAGUCAGGGCUGACAUGGUGCAAAAUGUUUUAACAUCCCUGUUUCACUGCUUUGGAAUACAAAACAACCUACUACACUCAGCUGCAUUCAGUGCUGUUAAAGUGUGGUGUCACACUUGUAGCCAAGUUAUACAGUUGCUCUAUAUGUAUCUUUAAGAAAACUGUCCAUGCCUCAGAAACAGCUUAGGGUGCAAUGUGUAUGUCACAAGGCUAACUGCAUAUUUCCCUUUCUCCCAGUUUCAACCAGCAUAAAUAAAACAAAUAUAGACGUGUAAAACACCUUCUCCAGGAAUCAGAGGCACAUAAUUUUUAUUUACACUUGCCCCAUGGCAAUAUGAAUUGGUUUCCUAGCUGGAGCCAGGAACUAGAAAUGCCCCAUUUGAAGAGGGUUGGGGUUAGAGGAAAGGGCCAAGAUGCCCUAAUAGAAAUUGUAAGCUCCAACAGAAGAGAGGAGGUGGUGCUCACAAGUGCAAUGUACCACAUUGAGGAACAUUUGUGUGUGUGUGAUAAAAACAGUCUCUGUAUUUUUAUAUCUGUUGCAGCAAAUGUCAAAUGCUGUGUGUGUAUAUAGUGUGUGAUUAUUUUAUAUAAUAUAUUAUGUAUAUUAUAUAAUAUUAUAAAUAAUGCUCCCUAAUGAGAAUUUGCAGCCCUUAUCUAGGUUACUAUGCAAGAACCCUUUUUUGUAGGACAUUGGAACAAGACGUGAUUUGACUGAUGGUGAGACCUACACAAGGUCUCUGCUGCCUAUUUAUCUCCAAACUUAACUCGACAAUGGCUGGAGAUUUCCAAGGAAUUGCUUUUCAAAUCCUUAGAGUGGGAAUCAUGCUAGUACAUUAGUGUGACUUGGUGGGUGUAAUGUCCCAGCUGGUUUGGACACAAAUUAGAUGCCUUGUGAGAAAGCAAGAAUGUCAAAAUACUUUGAUAUGGGAGUGUAAGAUUCUGGCACCCUUUUUGUUGUUCGAAGCUGUGGCAUCCUUCCCUGGUUCUCCCUGUCAGGUUCCCACCUGCUUGUGGCUACUGCCUUUCACUAGGCACCACCAGGGAUACCACGAGUCCGGACCGUCCUUUAUAUGGUUUCUCACUCCGCUCUAGCACAGAUCUCACUAGAUCCCCCUGCUAGGCAGCACCACCAGUCACGUCCUAUAACCAAUACUCCCAGAGACUUUGCCUGAGUCUCUCUCUAGCUGGUUACUUUCGUGACUGCGUGCUUAUGCUGUUCCCAACCCCCUUGUAUCUUUAUAGAUAACGCAUACAACUCUGGGUUGCUCUGGAUACUUCAGUUGUUAUUAUUCCUCCCUUUACCGCUGCCACCGUUAGAUACUGUUUCUGUUCAGCCUUGGUAAUUACCUUGCCCUCCCUUCUGGUCUGUAUAUCCCCCAGCCAAGGAUCAGGCCUUUAGUAAACCAAAUAAGUAUUUAUUAAAUAUCAGAAAUAACAGGAUUAGUUUUAGAAUGUUUCACAAGCGUAUGGUUUCAUCUAUUCCUGUUUUGUACUUGACUUAUUAUUAAUCAGAACUCCAACUCCCUCUUUCUCCACACUCCUGACCUCCACCCUCAAACACCUCUUUCUCCACACUCCCCACAUCCACCCAGAUUCAACUGUCAUUCUUCCAUUUAUACUCCCAGCCAUUCAAACGCUCAGCCAAUCAUCCAGCAUUCUACUGCUCAUGUACUCCCCCCUCCUCUUUCGCUCCACUUACCAUAUGUCUUCUAUAUAAACAGCACUUACCAUAUUUACACUAUAAGCAGGAACAUCACAGAAGCCACUUUUGAUUUAGGAGAGCCCAGGCAGGUAACAUGAGCCUUUAGAUUUUGAAAUGGUUGAGUCAUAUUUGGAGGCUGGAAAAGAGUCCGUAAUCUGUUAUAGUAGCAAAAUCUCAUCAAGGAUUGCUUUAUUUAUAUUGUGUGACACUGUUUUAAGUGUUUUUCCCUGGGUUUUUUCCUUUGUAUUUUAUUUAUAAUAUAUAUAUAUUGCCUUUAUAUUUUAGGGGGGAUCAUGCGUUCCCCCCCAAUCACAGAUGUGUAAUUAUGAACCUUACAAAGCAUAUACAGGUGACCAAGUUUCUCUAAGUGCUCAUUCAGUUCCCCCUGUCAGGUUCUGACUGGUGACUUCUGGUCAGGAAACUGUAGGAAAAUCUUGUUUUUGCUUGCCCUAACGAAUAAUAUUGUGCCUUCCAACUUGCUAUCCAAUUAAGCUGUCACUGCCGUUUCAAAUUCACUAAACACAAUUCUUUUGUCAGACUUUUUAAAUGUUCUCAAAGCACUUUCAUGAGACUUAUGGCAUCUUAUUUAAAACCUCUAGAAUACUAGCUUCUUAAUGUUUCUAGUCCUUAUGUUUACAUAGCUUUGGAAGCAGAUAAGCAAGUAGCAGUCUAAACAUAAAUUCAUUCUCAUGGUAUCUUAGUGCUUAGUAGAUUUCCCCUGAUUAUUUCUCAUUUACAAAAUUCACUAUCAGAAUAUAUUACUUUAGCAAAGUAAGUGCUGCAUGUCUUUCAUCAGUUGUUUGGCAUAUGCUGCGUGUGUUCUUGUGAAAAGGAGAAACAAAUUAUGUUAACAGCAACUAAAGCAGGAAAAAAAAUUAACUGCAGAACUUUUGCCUGAGAUAGAUUUGAUAUUCUCCAUCCUUAAGGUCUUUGACUCAUUAGAAGGACUUUUGAUAAUUUAAGAAAGACAUGAACCGACACAGCUAUUUAUGAUUAUACAGCCGUUAUCCAUGUUAUGCAUGGCACUAGUGGGUAUGUAGGUCGAUCAGUUCUAAGUCAUAGGUGCAGGCUUCCUUAUAUCUCAGAGGGUCACCAGAAUUAAUUCUCAUCCUAAACACAACAUUGGCAAGCAUGUCCCACUGAAAUCUGUGUGACUUACUUCCACAUAAGGUGUCCAGGAGCAGGGUGCAAAUUGUAGUAACCUCUUGAGCUUUGACAAGAUUUUCCUUGAACAGCUUUCCUGAUGGUAUGUGUCUUAAAUGUCUUAUGCAGCAUUCCCCAACUUUGUGCCCUCCAUAUGUGGCUGGACCACAACUCCCACAAUCCCUAACCAUUGUUCAUGCUGAUUGGGGCUGAUGGAGUCCAGCAACACCUGAACGGCACCAGGUUGGAGAAGGUUGGUCUUAAGUAUAAAAAGUCUCUUCCAUUGCUCUCUGAAAAGUAACUUGGUUAAAUAAAAUAUUGCUGUCUAAGCAGGUGUUCUCAUAUUUGUACUUUUGUUCCUUUGCAAAUAAAUGAUUUUAAAGAUGCAUGUCUUUUGUAUCAUAUAGAAAAAAUACACUAUAUUUUCAUUUAAAAGUUGUAAUAUUCUUUUUUAAAAAAAAUUGUACAUAUGUUUAAAUGAUGUAGGUUCUG